CAGGUGGGCGGGCGUUACGUGAUUGGCUGUCAGGUGACAACAUGUGGGCUCUAUGGGGAAAGCUGUGGUGAAGCAUAGCGAGUGAUCCUGCAGUCAGCUGGAGGAGGAGGAGACGGCGGAGCAUCGCAGGGAGCUGAGGAUUUUUUCGAGCAUGCGUCUCUUAGGCUUUCUCUUGCUCCUUGCUGUGCAGGGAACAGUGCUGUGCUUGAGCGUCCAAGAUGAAACCAUCACAGAGUUCUCUGUAAAAGUCUACCAUGAACUUAGAGCUACAAAGGAAGACGAGAACAUCUUAUUCUCACCUCUGAGCAUUGCUACGGCUGUAGGGAUGGUGGAAUUAGGUGCUCGUGGAGCAAGUCUUAAAGAGAUUCGACAUGCAAUGGGAUACGACAAACUUAAGAACGGUGAAGAAUUUUCUCUGUUAAAAGAUCUUUCCGGCAUGAUGACAGCCCAGGAAAGGCAUUAUGUGCUCAGCAUUGCAAACUCCCUUUAUUUACAGAAUGGAUUUCAUAUCAGUGACAAGUUCAUCCAACUAAUGAAAAAAUACUUCAAGGCAGAAGUAGAGAAUGUAGACUUCAGUCAAGGUUCAACCGUAGCAGAUCACAUCAAUGCGUGGGUGGAAAAUCACACUAAUAAUCGUAUUCAGAAUCUGUUCUCAUCUGAAGACUUCACUGACUUAACAAAGCUGGCUCUGGUCAAUGCCAUCUAUUUUAAGGGUAAUUGGAAAUCACAGUUCAGACCUGAAAACACCAGAACCUUUUCCUUUACAAAAGAUGAUGAGAGUGAAGUGCAGAUCCCAAUGAUGUAUCAGAAAGGAGAAUUUUACUACGGAGAGUUUACUGAUGGAUCUAAUGAAGCCGGUGGGGUUUAUCAAGUCCUAGAAAUGCCAUAUGAAGGCGAUGAACUCAGUCUUAUGCUCUUGUUGUCCAGACAGGAGGUCCCUUUGGCAACUCUUGAGCCUCUUGUUAAAGCUUCACUGAUUGAUGAGUGGGCAAAUUCUGUCAAAAAGCAAAAAGUUGAAGUUUAUCUUCCAAGGUUCAAAGUGGAAGAAACGGUUGAUCUGAAGGAUGUUUUGUCAAGGCUUGGCAUCGUAGAGAUAUUCAGUAGACAAGCUGAUCUGUCUGCAAUAUCCGAAAACAAGGAUCUUUACGUUGAUAAAGCAGUUCACAAGUCUUAUCUUGAGAUUAAUGAAGAGGGAUCUGAAGGUGCUGCGGCCUCUGGAAUGAUUGCCAAUAGUAGGAUGGCAGUGCUGUACCCCCAGGUGAUUUUUGACCACCCAUUCUUCUUCUUGAUUAGAAACCGCAGAACUGGCUGUGUCUUGUUUAUGGGAAGAGUCAUGCACCCAGAGGCACUGAAUUCUGGUGGUCAUGAUUUUGAAGAACUCUAGUCCUAUACAUACAUAUGGAAAAUAAUAUAUAAGCACAUUGUUUGCAAAUAAUUGAUGUUGUUUGUUUAAAUGUUUUUUCUCUUUUGUUUUGUUUUUUUGUUUUUCCGUUUGACCUCUUCCAGGAUAAUAUGUAUUAAACGGUAAGUUGAAUAUAAGUAGGGAUUUUAUUUGCUUCAUAAAGAGGAGAGCUGGACACCAUUGUGAAGCAGAAAUCCCCCUUAUCACUGGGCAUAUUCUGGUAAAUAGCAUUUCUGUCAGUGCACUGUACAUUAAAAAAGUCUCGAUAUUUCAAAUGCAGAGAUGAUUGUUGGAUAAUAGAACCCUACAUGCAGGCAUAUUGCCUCCAGUAUUACGUUUCUCGUGUUUGUUGUGAUCGCCUGCCAAAUAAAGUUGUACAUGUGAAAAUAUAUUUUUAUUUAGAGCAUCAGUGUAAACACCUGAUUUAUUAUACACACCCAAACUGGGUGCUAAGUGAGUGCAAUAUGUGUUUUUCUUGUGCUAUAAAGUGGAUGAUUUGGAAAUAUA